AUGUUUAAGUUACUGUGUCUACUUGCCGUCGUCGCAUUCGUGGCUGGAAUGCCCAACGGUCACCAAACGGCUUCCUUUGGAACUUUGAAACCGAUGGAACCGGACCCCAUAAAGCUGAUCGCAAAGCGCGAAGCUCCUCAGCCAAUUGCAGGAAACACCAAUGAGAACGAGGACAUCAGUGCUGUGGAGGGUCAAGACGAUAUGGACAAGUCGGAGACAUUCGGUUAUGGAUAUCGUCGUUACUAUUACCGUUACCCGAGAUACCAUUAUUACCCUAGCUACCGUUAUUAUCCGUAUUACAGCAGCUAUUAUUGGUAG